UGAAUUUGAUAUACAAUUACUUUCACUAAAUAAGAAAGUAAUCAAACAUAGAGAGUGAGUAAACUAUAUCCAUGAAUCAAAAUUCGAAUUUUUUUUAUACGCAAUUUCCAAGCAUCCUAUCCAACGGAAGGAGAUCAAGAGGAAACUCCCACAUCAAGCCAGCCUGUUGCAUCCGGUUUCCAGAUGGAAGACUCUUCUCCAAGGAUCAUAUCUCGAGAGGGUUGCUUUGCGAGUGCAGGUUAUCAGCUUCUCUGAGUAACCGUUGGGCAGCUGCAAUGCAUCUAUACAAUGACCCUACUGUUGAUGUGUCUGAAAGACCAGUGAUGUAUCAUGGUGGAGAUGUGUUGAACGAGGCAAAACCAUUACAGAUACAGGCUUCAGGCAAGCAAGACACUACCUCCACCAAAGUUGCCAAGUGA